AUGGUUCAUUCGAUGCAAGCUGACUGCUUUGGCAUCGCCAUCAACACAUUUUUAGGCCUCGAGCAGCAGUACUGUGAGAUGUACGUGCGCGAAGGGUACGUGAAGCGCGCAUACUUUCUAGGGCCUCUCUCGCUGCAACUGCAACCAUCACAGGCCGCCAAAGGUGUUGCCGACUCACGGUUCAUCAAUUGGCUUGGCACAAAGCCUAACCAUUCGGUGGUCUACUUGUCCUUCGGCACAUGUGCCCACAUAUCGGGUGCACAGCUAGACGAGCUUGCUCUUGGGCUGGAGGCCUCAAGACGGUCGUUCAUGUGGGUGGUCAGGGCGGCCGACAAGUGGGCUCCACCAAAAGGGUGGGAGAAGCGUGUUGAAGACCGGGGGCACAUCGUCAGAGUGUGGGCUCCACAAAAGGUUAUAGUAUACUAG